AAAAACGCCGAAAUAUGACGGAAUUGGCUAGGAAGAUAUAGAGAUCUGCUUCUUUUAACAAGUGAUACCUUACUUCAAGGCGGUCAUUUUUAUUCGAGUGUGUGGUAACAUUUGUAAGACUAUGGCAAUCACAGUGGACAGAGCUAAAAUUGGAGUAGUACUGCUGGGCUUAGUAGGUGUACUGCUGUUAGUUAUAGGAAUUGUAGCCUUAUCAAUUUUCCCUUCAAUAUUAAAAGCAAAGAUAGAAGAGAAUCUAGUCCUCGAAGAAGGUAAGGAAGCUUAUGAGAAGUGGAAGAAAACUCCUAUUCCUGUGACAUUUAAAGUGUUUAUUUUCAACAUCACAAACCCUAAAGAAGUCGCAAAUGGAGCGAGGCCUCGAGUUUCUGAAGUUGGACCUUAUGUUUUUAAACAACUAAGAAGCAAAGAUGUUUUGCAAUGGAAUGAAGAAGAGAAAACGGUCACAUACAAUGAUUUAAAACAGUACCAUUUUGUGCCUUCACUAUCAGCCAAUAUGUCUGAAAAAAUUUACAGCCUUAAUUUACCAUUGCAGGGUAUUAUUAUGUUCGUCAAGAAACUGGCCUAUUUUGCAAGAGCGAUGAUUGUUCCAGCCUUGGAAAAUAUGCUAACAACUUAUAAUGAAAAGCUUUUCACACACAAAACUGCGCGGGAACUUCUCUUCGACGGUUAUAAAGUAGAGCUUAUAGAAGAUUUACUUGAUCUGGCGAAACCUUUCGUUUCCAAAGUGCCACAGAUUUUGCCAAAUAAUACAUUCGGAUUUCUGUAUGGGAAAAAUAAUUCUGGAGAUGGCAUAUUCUCAGUAUUUACUGGAGAAGACGACAUUUCGAAAUAUUCGCAAAUUGUUCGAUGGAAUAAUAUGUCAAAAAUACCAUUUUGGAAGGAUGACUUCUGCAAUAUGAUGAACGGGACAGAUGGUUCUCAGUUCCCUCCUCCAGUGACAAGACGAGACAUCUUAUAUGUAUAUACUCCAGAAUUAUGCAGGUCAGUAUUUCUGGAAUACGAAAAAGAUGUUCUGGUGCAAGGAAUACCUUCCUUAAGGUUCGUGACGCCUGAACGAUUAUUUGCUAGUCCCAAACAAAAUCCUGACAACAUGUGUUAUUGCACAGAACCUGAAUACUGCGAACUAAGUGGUAUACUGGAUGUAUCGCCCUGCAGAAAAGGUAUGAAGCUUGCUGUAACAGGACCUCACUUUUACCAAGGUCACAAAGCUUUCGCUGAGCGAGUAGACGGGCUUACACCUUCAAGAGAAGAGCACGAGACUUACGUUGACAUAGAACCAAAUACAGGCCUUGUUUUAAGAGCAUCGAGGAAACUGCAGAUGAACUUCAUACUAGACAAGUUUGAGGAAUUAGAGGAGACUAACUCCGUCCAAAUGAAUGUUAUUCCUCUCAUCUGGGUUACAGAAGAAGCAGAGAUUGACAGUGAAGUAGCUGCCUUAUUCACAGCUAAAGUCCGAACCCCUAUAACAGUAGCUAAGUCAGUUCUAACAGCUUGCAUAGUAUUGGGAAUUCUUUGGAUCGUUACAGCUGGAUUUGUCACAGUAUAUAUUCUCAUGAAGCAACAGAAAACUGCUCAGGCUGUUAUACGAAGUAAAUAUGCCCGUGUAUCACAGAAAGCGGAUGAAGUGAAAAAGAAUCCUAAUGUGCAUGCCUAGUCAAAGUGAAAUCACCUCUGCAAUAAAAUACCAAAUUAUCAUUUGCUCAUGAAGCAAUACCAUUAGCCAUCAUAUAAGUGAUAUCAAGUGCCCUUAGUCAUCUUUGUUUCUUUCAUCAACCUAACAAAAAUUUGUGUUUUCCUGUGCAUUUUGACUGGUUUUCAGGGCACGAACUUUACUAUUGAGGAACUGUUUAUUUGAAAUAAACGAACCCUGAAAAUGUUCAUAUUUGCAUGCAUGUAUAAAAAAAAUGCAAAGAUUAUUAUGAAUUGAUAAGUGUAAUGCAACUUGUUUCCUUGAUUCUAUACUAGUAAUUUUUACCUAUUUGUAAAUAGCUUCUUGUAAAUCUUCUCAAUUUUUGAUAAUUUUUCUAGCAUGAAAGGUUCUCUUAACUGCUUUUAUCAUGUUAAAAUCAGUGCAUUUUAUUUAGUGUAAUUCUCAGGUUCUUGUAAAAUUAUUUGCACUUCUGCAUAAAAUAUACAUUGUAUCAUUUUUCAUUCAUGACUGUUAGUACAUAUUCAGUGAUCUGAUGCAGUGAAGUCUGCAUAAUUAUUCUAUUGUAACCUUUAAAGUAUUAUAACCAAAUUUUUAAAACCCUGAAAGUCCUAAUACUUAAUGCUGAUAUUUGGUGAGCAUAAGUUCCUCUAACGAUAGCAUUCGUUCUAAGACUUGGUUUCCAAAACUUGAGAAUCAGCUUUUAUGCUUAUAGGAUUGUAACGUUGUUUUAGACGUUCAAAAAAGACAAAGCAAGCUAUGUGGCGCUGUGAGACUGAUUUCAGGUUUUAAUACAUUAAAGGAACUUGUAUACUGACUAAGCAUUUUUCAGGUAUCCAUUAAAUUUUAAGAACCUUCAUUCGCAAAUUAUUUUGUUUCCUAUAAAUGCUCACUAUUUUAUUUUUUGUGCAGAUUUUUGUGUAUUUCCCUAAUAAAAUUGUUUUUGAGAAA